CUCCACCAGGCUUGUGACUGACUGAGCAUAACAGCUGGCUCAGAGAUGGCUGCGAGCACUGCAGCCACAACUGUCCUGCCUCCGGUGAAGAGCGUGAUGGUGUACAGGAAUGGUGACCCCUUCUACAAUGGACGGAGGUUCGUGGUCAACCAGCGUCAAGUGGCCACUAUGGAAGCUUUUCUCAAUGAAGUGACCCAGAACAUCGGUGCACCGCUUGCCGUCAGGACUUUGUACACCCCCAGGCAGGGCCACAGGGUCACAGACCUCCAGGACCUUCAGACAGGAGCCCAGUAUGUUGCUGCGGGCUAUGAAAGGUUCAAGAAACUGGACUACCUGAACGUAGGAGCAAAAAAGCAGCCUGCUGCCCACAAAGAAACCCAGGCUAAAGUAACCCAGAGGCCAAAUGUUUCAGCUAAAUGGAGGAAGUUUAUACCUGUACCUUGCAUUAUACAUGUUUUCCGUAAUGGAGAUCUCCUGUGUCCACCAUUUCGAUUCAUCAUUCCUCGGAGCAUGCAGCAGGAUCUGGAGCAGAUCCUGAGUCUGGUCACAGAAAAGGUCAGCCUACGAACCGGAGCUGUGCGCAGGUUGUGCUCUUUGGAAGGAGCAACUGUGUCCUCAGCUGGGGAGCUGGAGACUGGCCACUGCUAUGUUGCCGUGGGAACCGAGAGGUUCAAGAAACUUCCAUAUGUGGAGCUGUUGGUUUCAAAAGCUACAGAGAGAUAUUACCCAGGAAAGAGGAGGCUGUUGAGGAGAACUGAGAACGGGAAAGCAGGAAGCGGUCCAGAAGACCAGUACAGUGACUCAGCUCUCCUCGACUCCCCAGAGUCUGAUGGUCGGAGGGUGAAGUCAACAGGAGAUGAGGCUGCACCUCCACAAGCCACGCAGCAGAGGAGCAGGAGACAGGGAGCAGAGGAGACGUCUGCGUUCUUUGCCAGGCCGGUCAAGAUCCGCAAAAACAGAGGACAGACAAGACUGCCACUCAGUAAUGGAUCUGUCCAGCCUAGCGUAUUUAAACGAGCAGCACGGAGGAGGAGAGACGAGGUACGAGGAGCCGAGGAGGUGAAGGAGGAUGAGAACACAGCUACAGAGCUUCCUGUUGACCAGAGAGUGGCAGAGGUGGUGGAGGAUGAGGAACUCAACAACACAAACAAUCCUCCGCACAGCACAAAGCAGAGAGAUGCACAAAUUAUAAAGAUCGAGCAGCACAAUGAGAGAGAGCCCCCACACAAAUACAAUGGAAAACAGGCUCAGUCAUCUGAACAAAAUGGUGUGGAACAGACAAAAGACUCUGCCAGGGCUGAGAAAUCUGCUGCUGAAAUACUGGAACCUGAGCUGAAGCACACAUCUUCAACGUCAAGGCCUUCAUCGUCCAGCUCUCAGGGAAAGAACAGGGGAGAAAAGGACAGCCCACAGGACGUCCUGUCAAAUACAGCAGAACAGAACCAUCAUCAGGACGACUUGUGAAGCACAGAGGAUUCAUCAGAGGUCACAUCGGCCAAAAGCACGGCAGAUAACCAAGCAUUUACUGUUUACUGCUUCAGCGUGACCCAUGUGGCUAAAUGAAUGUUAUUACUCGUAGUACUUUAACUGUGGUAUUGAGCCAAGAACAACGUUCAUAAAUGUUGUUUUCUUUAGAAGACAAAAAUGGGAACUUGCUCAGAUAAAAUAAGGAGAAACACGACAGGAGGAGGACACAAUAUCAUAAACUCAACUCAAACUCAAGCACAAUACAAACCACUGCAACAACUCCAUAAAACUGACCCUGAAAAUGAUCACACAGGAAAGUCAACACCUCUCCUCAAGAAAACAAGAAGCCUGCAGCCAUGCAAGCAGCUUUUUGUAUGUUGGCACAGUGGCACUAAAUGCUAACCUCACUGUGCUCACUAAGCAUGCUCACAUUAGCAGUAAACACAAAGUACAGCUGAGGAAGAAUAUUAUUGGUUAUGCAGGUAUUUGUUUAUAAACCAAAGUAUUGGACCAACUGAAAUUUUGUUAGAGGAUCACCAAAUAUAUGACACUUCAUCCUGAGGUGGGGACGUGAAUGUGUACAUAAUGUCAUAGCAAUUCAUCCAACAGUUGAUGAGGCAUUUCACUAAAAACAACAAAUGCCAACCUGUUGGAGGCACUCGAGGACAUGUCAUCACCAAACUCAGUGGGAUUGAUCCUCUUUUAUAGCAAUCUGUCUGACAGCUGUUGAGAGUGGUGGAUCAGAUUGCCACACUGCUUGCAUGGCCAAUAAAAAAAAAAAAAAAAACAGAUUGUAAGCUUCACAAAGGCUGCAUUUGUUACAGGGUUUUGCAUUAUAUCGUGUAAGUGUUUUAGAUAUUGUGUCCAUCCUGUUUUACGGGGAUAAUUCUGAUGCAGAUAUUGAGUAGAUGAUCAAUGAUGCAAUUAAUUACAUUUACAAUAUGUACGUAAGAAACAGUGUUCUGGGACAUUUAAAGCCUAACUGUAUUUUGAUUUGGAGAAAAGCACAGAUGAACAAUCAUGUUUUGCCAACAAUUUAUUAUUAAAACAUCAGCUACACGACAAGCUGAAUAGAUGCAACAAUAACAAAGUCAUCUGUACAGUGCUCUGCGUCAAUUAAAUACUGUGACAAUAAAAAUAUAUAUUACUA